AUUUCUGAAGUGAGACUAGGAAGAGAAGAUGAACAAUUCCCUGGAUUAUCUGGCCUAUCCUGUUAUCGUCUCUAAUCACAGGCAAAGCACAACCUUCAGAAAGAAACUGGACUUUGGCCACUACAUAUCUCACAAGAAUAGAAUACAAAUAGCGAAGCCUACUGUUGAUACCAAACCUCCAGUGGCGCACACACAUCACAUUUUAAAAUUGAGCAAACUACAGGGUGAACAAAAGAAAAUCAACAAAAUCGAGUAUGAAAACAAGCAACUGUGUCAGAAAAUCGCAAAUGCCCAUCGUGGCCCUGCCAAGGUGGAUUGCUGGAAUGAAUAUUUUUCCAAGAGCUUAAACAGAGAAACGAGGAACCGCGAGCUAGUGAGAAUCACCAUGGAAAACCAGGGCAUUCUGAAGAGGCUUGUUGAUCGCAAACCCCACUAUGACCGUAGGGCAUCUGAAAUGGACUGGCAGAAUUCAAGGCGCUAUAUCAGAAAUACCACGAGAUAUCUUCUCUCCCGAAAUGAAUAGGUUACUCACCAUGGAAAAGGUACAAGAGAAGGCCCUGGAAUUUCCUGGCUGCUUAGGAUCUUAAGACACUCCUGGGUGGCUGAAUGCUCAAUCUUCAGAUGCUUCAAUAAAGCUUGGAGCAUAAAAUGUGUAAGUUACAUUUAGGGGACCCAAAGGCUCUACGUUCUCAUUCCCAAAUGGAGCAGGCAGAAGGAAAGAUGCAAUGAGCAUUUUUAUUUGGGGCUAUGAAAAGAAGUUUUAACGAGAGAAAGAGAGAGAAAUCUGAGAGAACUCUUUAAAACAUACACCAUCAUCACCAUCCCACGGAAGAAGAAAAGCUGGGGUGAGAUCAUCCAGCCACAAGUAUAGCACUGUCAAAAUGGAAAACAAAAUCACAUGACAACAUCAAGGUUCAGAAAACACAAGGAACAAGUGCCGUUAGUUCCUCUGUGAAUAUACACAAU